AUGGAGGCCGUCAUUCGUGAAGCCCCGUUCGGGCAGCUGGUCCGUUUGGUCACCAAAAACAAAUACUUCCAAUACCCUGAAGAGAAGGCCGACUUUCAGCUUCCGGAGACAUGGAUCGAUGUAAUGAACCAGCCCGAUACCUUACGGAAGGGCUCGUCACAGACCGAAAAGCCGGAGCCAGAAAGUCCUGGUAGCGAAGGAAGACAACCCGGCGAUAGCAACGACAGCGAAAGCCAUGACGCUGAAAGCCUCCACGGUGAAAGUGACGGCGAUGUGCUCAGUCGAGUUUCGACCGAACGCACACUCCCCUUCACAGAAGAUCGCUUGGAGGCAAAUGAACACCAUGAAAUCGAAAAAGUCAAGUCGACGCCCAUCGUCCCGAAACGUACCAAAGACGGCGUCGUCCUGGUCGACUGGUACUACACCGACGACCCCGAGAACCCGCACAACUGGUCCAACACCAAGCGCGCUCUCAUCGCCACGAUUAUCUGUCUAUAUACAUUCGUCGUGUACACCACCUCGGCCAUCUAUACGUCCUCCACGCAGGGAGUCAUGGAGGAAUUCGGCGUCAGCACCCUGGUCGCUACACUCGGCCUGUCGCUAUACGUCCUUGGAUAUGGCACUGGGCCACUGCUCUUCUCCCCGCUGAGCGAAAUCCCAGUCAUCGGACGAAACCCAGUCUACAUCAUCACCAUGUUCCUCUUCGUGAUCAUCUCCAUCCCGACUGCCUUCGUCGGCAACUUCGGGGGCCUCCUUGUCCUGCGUUUCCUACAGGGUUUCUUCGGCUCGCCCUGUCUCGCCUCUGGCGGUGCAUCCAUCGGCGACAUGUACAGUCUAAUGUCCCUUCCAUACGCCUUAAUGGCCUGGGUCUCCGCUGCCUACUGUGGCCCGGCCCUCGGCCCCCUCCUUAGCGGAUUCGCAGUCCCAGUAAAAGGCUGGCGCUGGUCCCUCUUCGAAUCGAUCUGGGCCUCCGCGCCCGUGUUUAUAAUAAUGUUCAUGUUCCUCCCGGAAACAAGCUCUGCAACAAUCCUCUACCGCCGCGCAUCCCGCCUCCGCAAACUAAACAACAAUCCGAAAUUCAUGUCCCAGUCUGAAAUCGACCAGCACAACCUAAGCCUCUCCGCCGUAACCGUCGACGCACUGAUCAAACCCAUCGAAAUCACAAUCAAAGAUCCAGCCGUCCUCUUCGUGCAGAUCUACACCGCUAUCAUCUACGGCAUCUACUACUCCUUCUUCGAAGUCUUCCCCCUCGUCUACCCAGUCGACUAUCACAUGAACCUGGGCCAGAUCGGCCUCGUCUUCCUCUGCGUCCUCGUCUCGUGUAUCCUCGGCAUCGCGGUGUACUUCUCAUACAUCUACUUCUGGAUGAACCCCAGAAUCGCGAAACACGGCUUCCCGGUUCCAGAAGCACGUCUUAUCCCGGCACUAGCUGCAUCCGUUGGACCGACUGUCGGUCUCUUCCUGUUCGCGUGGACUGCCCGAGCAUCGAUCCAUUGGAUCGUGCCUACAAUCGGGAUUACCAUCUACGGCGGGACCGUGUUUAUCGUCAUGCAGUGUCUGUUCGUGUAUAUCCCGCUCAGCUAUCCGCAGUAUGCGGCGAGUUUGUUCGCCGCGAAUGAUUUCUUCCGGAGUGCGCUUGCUUGCGGGAGUGUGAUCUUUGCGCAUCCGCUUUUUGGAAAUCUCGGUGUUGCACGCGGUACGAGUUUGUUGGGUGGAUUGAGCGUUAUUGGGAUUUUGGGGAUUUGGUUGCUCUACUUUUAUGGAGCUAGAUUGAGGGCGCUGAGUAAGUUUGCUAUUUCGGAGACUAAUGUCGAGGAGACGACUGUUGGGGACCAGGCUGAGUAA